AUGAGUGUCCAAUGGAAUUUCAAAUUGCUUAAUCAAUUUAAUGAAGAAGAAUAUCAACAAAUUUAUGAUAUGAGAGAUGAAAUCUUUGCUUCAGGUGGAGAAAAAGACCUUGGUCAUCCUCCAAUGGAUGAAAUUGAUGAAUAUUGUUAUCAUUCUUUUUCAUGGGGAGAAGAAGGACUUCUUGCUUAUUGUAGAGUUAUUCAAGAAGGUGAAAAUUUAUAUAGAAUUGCCCGUGUUCUAGUUCAUAAAAGAGCAAGAGGACAAGGUAUGGGACAAAAAUUAAUUAAUUUUACUUGCGACCAAAUUAAAGAAUAUUUUAAUGGAAAAUUAGUUACAUUGGAUGCUCUAGAAUAUAUUCAUAGAAUGUACUUAAAAGUUGGGUUUUAUCUUACUGGUGAAACAACUGAUUUUAAUGGUAUUCCAGCUGUUACAAUGAAUAAAGAAUUACAAUAA